AUGAUAACAACCAUGACGUCAUUUAUAUUAUUAAAGACAAAUUCGUUUUUAUUGAGGAUGAACAGGGAGGACGUAAACUGGUUUCAUGGAAAAAUAUCUCGGGAGACGGCUGAAAAACUUCUCAAAGAAGAAGGAGAAGAUGGUGUAUUCUUGGUUCGUGAGAGCAAUACAUCUCCAGGCGACUACGUUUUAUCUGUUUUGCACCAGGGUGAAGUUGUACAUUAUCAAAUCAGAAGGCACGGUGAGGAUGCUUUUUUCUCAAUCGAGGAGCACACCACUGUGCAUGGACUGGACACAUUGAUUCAACACUAUCGGGGCGACUCCAAUGGCCUAGUGACACGACUCUCAGUGGUUUGCAAGGGUCAAGCUCCACCUCAUGAGUCUAGAACGCAGGGAACUACAAACCUUUUGCAUAGAGCGACAGAAGCGGGUGAAUUCAAUGUGGUUUCAAAAUUAUUGGAGAGCGGAUAUCGCAGUCGCGAUGCCAAGAAUCAAGACGGACAGACAGCGGUCCACAUAGCUGCGAGGGCGGGCAGAGACAAAAUACUCAGUAAACUCAUAGAGAGCGGCGCCACUGUCAAUGUUCGGGAUUCGUUCGGGUUCACCCCGCUCCAUUACACUUGCCAGAAUAACUUGCCCAGUACAACGGAAUUGCUUAUAACAUGUGGAAAUGCAAAUUAUCAGAUGCGACACGCACCUACGGGCAAAGUGCCGCUUCACGACGCGGCUCAGAGAGGACAUAUUGAAUGUGUAAAGGUAUUAUUAAAACUAAAGGCGCCGGCACACCCACGAACGCUAGCUCAAGAAACACCAGCUCAAUUAGCUAAACAUUAUGGUCACACCGAGUGCUACCAAUUGCUCAAAAACUAUAAAGCAGAAACCCCAAACACAUCGAAGACCCAAUGGUACCACGGAACAUUGAAUCGCGAGGAGGCUGUUCAAACCCUGGAGGAGUACUGCAAACAGCACGGCCUAAGAGAUGCGCCGACGAACGGUGUCUACCUUGUAAGAUAUAGCGAGAGACAUACUGGUGCUUACGUUCUUACGAUGCUGAGUGAAAACACUUCAUUCCACUUUAUCAUUAGGAAAGAGAACGAAUGGCUGUUUAUCGACAAUGGACCGUACCUAGAAUCGUUAGAGCGGCUAAUAGAGCACUACAGUAGUGUAGUAGAUGGGCUUCCAACCAAAUUGAGCAUCCCUGUCCCGCCUAAACCGAAACCACCACUACCAGAGUUUUCGACGAUGCCGCGUACAAAAAAACAUUUGCCGAGCCGCGUAAACUCCAACCAAUCGUUGUCGUUAGUUAAAAAUGACAUUUUGAACGACAAAAAACCAACAUCUCCAAACAACAACGCCUUUGAGUUAUUGACGAGAAAUCUUUCCUUCUCAUCUGACUUCAAUUGCGAUUCCUUGAAUAACAACGAAGAUCUAGACGCAGAUACGUACAAGGUACCUGUGAACAAUAGCGCCGUUACGGCGUUAGCUGAAAACUAUAACGAGAUAUCGAUAAAUUCGGAUGGACAAUUAUCUACUUUACAAGAAUUCAUACCAUUCACGGAGUUGACACUUGGGGCAGUAUUAGGGGAAGGAGAGUUUGGUUCUGUCCUACGAGCUGUGUAUACACCCACCGAUACCCCACCACAGCAGGUCGCAGUCAAGACUUUACAUCUACAGCAUACGGAUUCCAACAAGCGAGAGUUUCUAGCUGAAGCUAAGCUCAUGAUGGCUCUAAGACAUCGAUGUAUCGUGAGGCUCAUUGGAGUAUCUGUGGGUCCACCGUUAGCUAUGGUCCAAGAGUUGGUUCCCCUCGGCUCGCUACUAGAGUACCUGAUUCGUCAUCCGGAUAAAGUCUCCCCUGGGUAUGAGUUGAGGCUGUGGGCGUGUCAGGUGGCCGCGGGUAUGAGGUAUCUGGAACGACGGCGCUUCGUACACAGAGACCUUGCUGCUAGGAACAUAUUGCUUGCUAGCAGGCACCAAGCUAAGAUAAGCGACUUCGGUCUGUCACGAGCACUGUCCGCGGACAGUUCGUACUACAAAGCGAGCCGCGGUGGCAAGUGGCCGAUUAAGUGGUAUGCGCCGGAGUCUUACAACUACGGCACCUUCAGCCAUGCUAGCGACGUUUGGAGUUAUGGCGUCACUCUAUGGGAGAUGUUCUCUUAUGGAAGCCAGCCGUACGGAGACAUGAGAGGAACUGAGGUCAUCCAAUUAGUCGAAAGCGGCGAGCGCCUCUCCCGGCCGGAGAACUGUCCAGAUGAGAUCUACCAAGUGAUGCUGGACUGUUGGGCUUACACUCCCGACCACAGACCUACGUUCAGCAAGCUCGUGGACGUGUUCUCACACCACCCGGACUACGUCAACAUCAGCCAGAUCGCCCUAGAUGAUGACGUCACCGUCUGA